AAAAAAAUGAACGGACCACAAUAUCCCGAACCGGCAUCCUGUACCUGUGGUGUCCUAGGAUCCCUAAUAUAAAGUUCCUUCCAGGGUCCUCGGUACACACUCGCAGGAACUUCCUCCGUGGAACAUCUCCGCGAAUACUUGCAACUUCUGUUGUUUUAAUACGGUCUGAAGAUCUGAAAGCGCGAUGGGCCGUCACUCUCUCGUUGGCGUUAUACUUGCCCUGGUCCUGGCGUCUGUGCUGGCGGCGGCGACCCCCUUGUCCGAUACAGAAAAGUCCACGGUAUCUGCCUCACAGUAUGGACUGCUGGAUAACCUGGAGGAAUCCGAGAACUUAUUAAAGAUAAGUAAGAGACACGCUGAGAUACAUCAUGUUGCAAAGCGAGAAGCAAAGAUGCACGCCGUGUCCAAGCGCCAGGCAUCAGACACGUCACGGCUUGAGGCGCUGCAGUUGAGAACAGCGCUCAUGUUCAUCGAGGCCGACCAGGCAGCAGACAUAACCGUGGCACUGGCGCUAGCGGAGGUGUUCAACAAGAUCAACAGCACACUGCAGGCAGGCCGAGGCGGCAACCCCGACGCCUUCGAGAGACAACUCCAGGGCAUUGCGGCCAACGUCAGCGCCAACAGCGUCCUGCCGAAGGACUGUGGAAGGAGCCCCUCCGACAGCGGGGACCCCCUCCGCGGAUCCCACCCUUGGGUCGUGAGCGUCGGCUACAAGAAUGGAGACAAGGACACCAUCGGUUGUGUGGCCGUCGUCAUCAGCCGCCACCACGUCAUCACGCACGCCAUCUGCGCCGCCACGACCAAGUAUGACCACGUCCUCCUGAAGAACACGGCCUACAAAGUGUCCAACAGAUGGUUCCACCCGAGUCUGAAGAGUGAUGAUGACGUCACCAACGGCCACAACAUCGGCAUCGUCAUGACAGAGAAGCCGCUGGUGUUCAACGACGAGGUGCAGCCAGCCUGUUUGCCCGGAAUCAACGACGUCGUGAGCGCCGUGGGUGAUGGGACAACCACACUGGUCGGAUUCGAAGCAUCUCCCAGAGGAGGCGUGACAAAGUACUCGUGGGCCAACUCCAAGACCUUCAAUUCCUUGCUCUGCUUCGAAGCCCUCGGAGCCCUCGGAACUGGAGGCGGCCAGAGUAGGAAUUCGCUCUACGAGAUCCUCAACAGACACCACAUGUGUGUCUUGAGGCCUUUCAAAGAGGCUGAACUAUCCGUGACCGUUGACCAAGACCCAAGCACAGGUCGCGUCGAGGUCACGGGCGUGGGACCCGUCACCGACCCCAGCUCCAACUACCCGAUGGCAUUUACUCUCAUCCAGACGCACACGUUCUGGCUCGAGCUCAUGGUCAAGAAUUCAAUCAGGCUUUUGCUCUGAACACAAGACGAGGAGAGGCAAGAGGGAAUGGCCAGUAAAGUCAAGCACUGAAGACUUUAGAAAUAAUACAGUUUAUUCUCAUUUAGACAUGUUAUAGGCCUACAUUUAUAACCCUUUGAAUAUAGUAUUUGCAGCUUUA